AUGGUCGCUGAAAUAUCGACGUCAGCACCAGAUAUUAUUAUUGCAUUCAUUGGUGAAUCUGGCUCAGGCAAGUCAACAUGCAUAAAUUAUUUUGCUAAUUAUUUCACCAAUUCGUCGUUUGACCGUCAAGAUCAUUAUUCAAACAUGAAAAUAGUUAUACCGAACAAUUUGUUUCCAAAACCAAAUUUUUUUGCUAGUAAACAAAAACAUACUGAACGUAAUGUACAUGACAAUACAAUAAGUCAAACACAAGAUUGUACUGUUUAUGACUUUUCGUACGAUGGGCAAAGCAUCAAGAUUAUUGAUACACCUGGCUUCAAUGAUACAGACUCAAGUAAAGAUGA